GGCGGGAGCCGCGGCGUUGCCACAGCCCGCUCAGCGGUGUGAGGGUCGAGGGCCGGAAGGCUGCGUACCUGAGCGGCUGGCCACGCUCGGGCCCGGGCGUAGGCGCAUCGCCCUGGCGGAACCCGCAUAAAUGUUGAAAAUAUUUCCUGUGAUGCAUAUGGUUCCCUGAUUGUGGAAGUGUCCCACAAGCAUCAUUAACAAUAAAACGAAAAGUAUGAAAGACCAUCUGGUUGAGUCUACAAUCUGAAAAUUAUUACAGCCACCAGAAGACUCAGAAUGGAGCUGCACCAAAGCACCACCAUCACUUUCCUUGAGAAAUGGUGUUCAGACAAGUUACCGUUGGGCUGCAGGAGACAUUGUAAUGUCAGGAAAAAACUAAAACUAGUUAGAAUCUUGGGCCUUUUCGUGGGCCUGGUAGCCAUUAGCACUGUUCCAUUUUCAAUCAGUGCCUUUUCUGAGACAGAGACACAGAACACAGGAGAGGCCGAUGGUGCCAGUGGCCCUAUGAUAGCACAAGGCUACCGUCAAAGAACUCUCUUAGAUUUAAAUGACAAGAUUCGGGAUUACACUCCACAACCAACUCUUCCUCAGGAAGGCACAUCUGAGAAUAGUACAGAUCAUGCCCAAGGAGACUACCCUAAAGACAUCUUUUCUUUGGAGGAGCGAAGAAAAGGCGCCAUCAUUCUCCAUGUUAUUGGAAUGAUCUACAUGUUCAUAGCUUUAGCCAUUGUCUGUGAUGAGUUCUUUGUUCCUUCUUUGACUGUCAUCACUGAAAAACUGGGCAUUUCUGAUGAUGUGGCUGGAGCUACUUUUAUGGCUGCAGGGGGCUCAGCCCCAGAACUUUUCACAUCUCUCAUAGGGGUCUUUAUUGCUCACAGCAAUGUUGGCAUAGGCACAAUUGUGGGCUCAGCAGUGUUCAAUAUCCUCUUUGUUAUUGGCAUGUGUGCUCUGUUUUCUAGAGAAAUCUUAAACCUGACAUGGUGGCCGCUCUUUCGGGAUGUGUCCUUCUACAUCGUUGACCUGACCAUGCUGAUCAUAUUUUUCCUGGAUAAUGUUAUCAUGUGGUGGGAAAGCUCGCUUCUCUUAACAGCUUAUGUUUUCUAUGUGAUUUUCAUGAAAUUCAACGUCCAAGUAGAAAGAUGGGUGAAGCAAAUGCUGAAUCGCAAUAAAGUCGUCAAAGUGACAGCACCAGAGGACCAAGCAAAGUCAUCUACAGCCAGGGACAAGGAUGAACAGGCCCUACCGGCAAAGCCACGUCUCCAGCGAGGUGGAAGUUCUGCUUCCCUCCACAACAGCCUCAUGAGGAACAGCAUCUUUCAGCUCAUGAUACAUACGCUGGACCCACUCGCCGAAGAACUUGGAUCAUAUGGAAAACUAAAAUAUUAUGACACAAUGACUGAAGAAGGGAGGUUCAGAGAAAAGGCUUCUAUUCUCCAUAAGAUCGCCAAGAAGAAAUGCCAGGUGGAUGAGAAUGAGAGACAGAACGGGGCUGCCAAUCAUGUGGAAAGAAUCGAGCUCCCAAACAGCACCAGCACAGAAGUUGAAAUGACACCACCAGGUGAUGCUUCAGAACCUAUACAAAAUGGAAAUCUCUCCCAUAAUAUUGAAGCUGCAGAAGCUCAGACUACAGAGACAGCUGAGGAAGAGGAUGACCAGCCUUUGAGCCUGGCCUGGCCUUCAAACACCCGAAAGCAGGUCACCUUCCUGAUUGUUCUCCCAAUUGUGUUUCCUCUCUGGAUUACUUUACCUGAUGUCCGAAAACCUUCAUCAAGAAAGUUUUUUCCCAUCACAUUCUUUGGCUCUAUCAGCUGGAUUGCUGUAUUCUCUUACUUGAUGGUCUGGUGGGCACAUCAGGUUGGAGAGACAAUUGGAAUUAGUGAAGAGAUUAUGGGCCUGACCAUCUUGGCUGCUGGAACUUCUAUCCCUGAUCUUAUCACCAGUGUCAUUGUGGCCCGGAAGGGGCUUGGGGACAUGGCUGUGUCCAGCUCUGUGGGAAGCAACAUUUUUGACAUCACCAUAGGGCUCCCACUGCCCUGGCUCCUGUACACUUUCAUUCACAGAUUCCAACCUGUGGCCGUCAGCAGCAAUGGCCUCUUCUGCGCCAUCGUCCUCCUCUUCAUCAUGCUGCUCUUUGUCAUCCUCUCCAUCGCCCUCUGCAAGUGGCGGAUGAACAAAGUGCUGGGCUUCACCAUGUUCGGCCUCUACUUUGUGUUCCUGGUGGUCAGUGUCCUUCUGGAAGACAGAAUUCUUGUGUGCCCUGUAUCCAUCUAACAGGAAGAGCCAUAUCUUCUUGAACCAACAGCACAGACAGUUCCCUCCCUGCUCUGGGUUCUAGGCUCCUUGACCUCUGGAGAAGAGGCAGCUGACACACAGGCCUGGGUGUUUCCAGAGUCCCUCCUUGGCGGAUCAGAGGAGGUGCAGAUUUUACACUGGGCCCAUCCAUUUCACAGGCUGCUUCUGCCUUGGUGUACUGAAGCAGCUUCAUGCAAGAGACCAAAAGAACCAUCCAUCCAUUCGGGGCUUCUCUUUAUUCACCACUGACAGGUACUCCUCGCUGGUCGGAGGUACAUUUGUUGUAAUUAUGCAAACAACAAUGGAGGUGAUAUAUCUAUAUUCAUAUAAAAUAUACAUAUUAUAAAUAGAUGCACAUGAAUACCCCCUUGCCUGCACCUGUAUUAUACUCCCUUGCCAUACCUAUAGAGUUAUAUAUACUUGUAAACAGACACAAAGAAAGAAAAUUAUAUAUAUAUACAUAUAUAUAUAAUCAGAUCUAUCUAUGUAUAUAUAUAUACAUAUAUAGAAAUACAAAUGCAUCUUUUCAGGGAUAGCUCUAGUGUAUUUAUAGUACCUAUUUGAAGAGGGGCAUCAACCUUCAAUUUGAGCUUUACCUUUUACUUACAAGAGAUGAACUAAUAGAGCUGCUGCUGUGACCUUCAGCCUACCUUGGAUAAACUGGGAUCUUGCCCAGUAAAGUGAAUGUUUUAAGGAAACAGGUCACAGGAGGAAGGGCUUGGUGGACAGGAUCUGUAGAGACCUUGAGUUGAAUAAUCCCCACCCCCAAUGUUCCCACAGACCAAGCUGGGAAGAUUAUUUGCCCACCCCCCAAUGGGGUACAAUAACUGCAACUCACAGGGUUAUUUGAGAUUGACAAAAGUAACACCCACAUUAAAUGGAUACUUGUUUGAGGGCUGGAGAAAGUGACCAUGGUUAGGGAUUAUUAUUAUUAUUAUUAUUAUUAUUAUCCCAGCAUGCAAGUAGAAAAUAUGACUGCAAAUCAAAUUAGCACUCUUCUAGGAGAGCAAGACUAUAUUAACUGAACCUAUAUUGUUCCAAUGCAUGUCCCAUUAUCAUCAAAAGAAGGGGGCAGGUUUAGCAGUGACUGUCAUUUAGACAUAUUUUAAUGCCAAGGAUUCAUGUGUAGUGAGAAUUCCUGUCAAGAGAGCCUGUCAUAAGAAAUACCCUUGUGGAGAGGACUCAAUGAAUCUUAGCUCCCGUUGAGAACAUAAGGAUAGAAUUCUUGAAAAGCAGUCUUCAGUGUGGUCACAAACAACUUCAGUUACGGAAGAAAUAAUUGUUCCUCCAGUAGAACUAAACUGACUUUGGUCACUACUGCUUGGGUUGAGACAGCUUGCAGAUGGUUGGGAAGGCAUUUACACAUUCAGGCAACCCCAGGAUGGUUCCAGAGUCCUAAGUCUAGUAGUAUCAGGACCAGGACUUAACUAAAGCUCAUCCCUUAUCUGGGAUACUUUCUAGCUUAAAGAAUUUUUCUGCAGCUUCUUUACACUGGUUACAAGCCAGGGACUCUAAGGUACUGACUUCCUGAUUAUGUCCAGUAUUCAUGGGCUAUUUUCAUUUCAUUCAUUCAGUGCCCCACUACCAUAUCCUAUUUGACACUUUAAAAAAAAAAGAUUUUAUUUACUUAUUAAUAAGAAAGAUAGAAGGAGAGAAAGCAAGUGAAAGAACCAGACAUCACUCUGAUACAUGUGCUCCCAGGGAUUGAACUCAGCACCCCACACUUGGGAGUCCAAUGUUUUAUCCACUGUACCACCCUCAGAAUACCUAUUUGACAUUUUGUAUGAUUUCUCAGUUGUGUUAGUAGAAAAUAAAGCCAGCAAAAGAGGAAGGGGAAAAUCAUGCAAGCUAAAUUACUGAAAAUAAUGUGGAUUUUUUUUUCAUUUCCACAAACCAUGCUUUCUUUAUAAUCAGCUGGAAAAAGUCGAUGGAGUUUGGCCCAUUACGCUCUACCUAUCUUACAUUUGAUUUGGCCACACCAGCCCCAGAGAACACUGGCAUAUACAUUAUGGAGUCAUAGGUGCCCAUUGUGAUCUUGCUGUGUACAUACCUCCUGACACAGGAGAAACAGGACCACACAACCAUCACAACCAGUAGGGAGGAAGGGAGACUGACAGCCCCAGACAGAGUUCAGUAUUCCUUCUGCAGAACCUCCGGUCGCUCCAUGAGUAUGGCAAUAAAAGACAAUGUUCACCACU